UUACUUGUGUAGCUGGCGGGGGUCACAGAGGCAUUCUCAGGCCCUUAUCAGUGUUGUCUACAGCUAUAAUUACUGGCUAAAAGAAGCUUCCCCUUGAGACGGCAAGCACAGCAGAGAUGAUCUCAAGAUAAAAACAGAGCAAUCCCGGGGUGAGGGGACCUGGCGACAGUCUGUACCUAUAGCUGACGAACCGUACUGAUCGCUCAGUCCAGGAGCCACCGACGUCGCCAGUAUGGCUAAUAUUCGAGAAUAUUCUUUUCCGAAUCCUGCAGCCGCUGAAGAUGAAGUGGAUGAGCGCGACGAACAAAGCAGCCUGCUACCAAAGAACGGGUUAUCUCCCCACGAAAAUCACAGUUACGGCGCCUGGAAUGCAGCUCACGAAGAUGGCCGUCGCUCAGAGUCUGCGGUGAUGCACUCCAUGUCUGCUCCAAGCAGCACCGGCAUCCCUGAUGAUGGAACUAACAAUUGGAAGAUGCCAAUCGACCUUUUUACGUCCAAGAAAAAGGGCGAGAACAUAAAAUACUUUCCCUCUAAAAAAGUAAGGUCAUUCUACAGGGCACAAGACGAACUCAUUUCCUCGUUUGAGAAUAUUUACUUCGGUUUCGACGAUACGAUCGAAGACAAAGAAGUGAGCAGUUACCGAAACAUCACGUAUCGACUCACACUCCUCAGCUUUCUUGUUAACAUGGUUCUACUGGCAGCAAAAAUGACAGCCAGCAUCCUGUCCGGCUCCAUUUCCAUCAUCUCCAGUCUGGUGGACAGUGUCGUCGACAUCUUGUCAUCCAUCGUACUGUGGUGGGCUAUGCGGGCAACACGCAAAAGAAACCCUUACAGCUACCCCCAGGGACGCACAAAACUAGAACCAGUAGCAGUUGUUGUCCUGUCGGUGAUCAUGUCAGUGGCUUCCAUACAGCUAGUUCGGGAAUCUGUACAGAUCCUCAUUGGUCUCUUCAGUGACCCCAACAACCUCCCAAACUUUGAGAUAACUACGAUUGUUAUAGCUGCGUCCACAGUUGGGUCGAAGUUCAUUCUGUGGAUUAUUUGUCGCCGCGUGGAAAGUCCGACAAUCCAGGCCCUGGCUCAGGACCACAGAAACGAUGUCCUGUCCAACUCUGUGGCCAUCGUCUGCGGUUACCUCGGUUCUCAAGAGUUCAAGGAUCAAACUGGAUAUACACAGUUUAUCUAUUCUGAUCCAAUUGGCGCCAUGUUAAUCAGUCUUUACAUCAUCGCCAACUGGUGGUCGACUGGAAUGGAGCAAGUCAAGGUGCUCACUGGUAUUUCCGCCAGCCCGGAGUUUCUGGCUAAGCUGACGUGGCUGACCAUCAACCACAGCCCCAACAUCAAGUACGUGGAGACAGUCCAGGCCUACCACUUCGGAAACAACUGUCUUGUGGAGGUGGACAUCGUCCUGCCAAAGCACAUCCACCUGCACACCGCACACGACAUCGGCGAGAGUCUGCAGCGGAAGCUGGAAACGUUACCGGAAGUGGAGCGAGCUUUUGUGCACGUGGACUACGAUCUGUAUCACCAUCCUACUACAGAACAUAAGAUCGUGUGAUGACAGUGUGAGGAACGAGCAGAAAUAUUUACUGCACAAGAGAGAUUCGAAUAAUUAUUAUUAACAACGAUAAUAAUAAUAUUUUUUCGACGUUUGCAAGACUAGAAAAUUACACAGAUGCUCACUGGGCUGCUUGCUGAGACUGAACAUGUGAUUCUCUUUGUAAAUUUACAAAUAUACACGGUGUGAAUCAAAUGUGAACGUCUUUCAAAACUGUGAAUAGUCACCGUUAUAAAGACAGACGUUAAUUUUGAUGUGUAUUUCUGGCUUGUUUGAUCAUAUUUAAAUACGCAAUUUAUUUUGUAUAUUAGUUGUUCUUAUGUAUCGAGAUUUACAUAUUGAACAUUUUUAUAUAACGAGCAAUAAAAAUGCUUACUUUGAGUUUUUUUGAUAGAAGUUUUUUCGUUUUACGGGGAUCUGAAGGUGUUAUGUUUUAAAAGACUACAAGCCAUCAUGCUUGACCGAUUUUGCCCCGAAAAACUGAUUGCUGGAAUCUAUAAAAGUUAGUUACGAGACCUUAAACAGCUAUUUGUUACUAG